GUGUCCUUUGCUCAAGCUCUACAGACAUGAUUUGAAACUUCAGACUUCUGAAAAUGUUUUAUUUUUAGCUAUUUAAAUUUCCAUGCUUUCCAUAGCUGGUAAGUUCACUAGAUUUCCAUUUACCCCUUACCCCAGUACAUCAUUUACAGUAGGCUUCAUUUGUUUGCAUAAACCCUUUGCAGUACAGUAAACAGUAAGUCCGCACACAGAGGUGGUAAGUUAGAGAACAGUAUGGGAAGCUGUUUGACCUUGCGCUGACUCCUGCCAGCUACGCCCCCCCAACCUUAUUUCCUUCUUUAACAGAGGACUUUGCACUUCAUAGCUCAGUGUUUGCUCCUGUCAGCGGUGUGGUAUGUGUGUUUGCUUUACUGUGAUUAGGAAUUAUUAAAGCGAACUCCCAUGUUGUCGAAUGUUUCUGUGUUAGCCAGGGGCUUUGUUCAUUCCUGCCACAGGCCACGACUGGACUCCAUUCAACAAACAAAUCUGGCUGCAGUCCUUAAUAGAAAGCGGCAGAGGUUUAUGAUGUGAUUAGAUAUUGAAUUAGCUGUGUAAAGCAAACAAAUGUUACAAAGAGCAUGAAUGGUGGGGAAAUAUGUGUGGUUCACUUUACUGAUGGUUUUUGAGUGAGUGUGUGUGUGUGUGUGUGUCUGAAAUGUGAUUGUGUGUAAGAGCCUGUGUUUGUGCCAACAUUCACAGAGCCAGUCCCUUGUUGCUCAGCGUCACAGUGGUCUUGUCUUACUGGUUUUCCCAACACGCCCCCACACAUAAACACACACAAAUGCUUUGACACAAACACCCAUGGGGCGUGGAAAGAGCCUGGCCCUUUUAUUGUGCUUCUCUCCCUCUUCCAGUCAACGUCUACCUCCAGUAAUGACUACGUGACUGUAUUUUGCAGCUGAGGGUGUGUGUUCGCUCCAUUUGCCUCAGCUGUGCCCAUCGACUCAGCACCGUCUCGCUAUCACGCUCACACAGCACACUCAGGAUGGCAGGAGAGUGUGUUCCUGAGGGUCCAGACCUGAGAGACAUGGGCGAGGAGGAACUGUGGGAACUGAUUAAUGACAACCGCCACCGGAUCUCCUUGGGGGUGCGGCCGUGCACCUUGAUCCCGUACCUGAGACAGGCCAGGGUACUCACAGAGAUGGACGAGGAUGAGAUCCUCUCCUGCCACAACCUCACCAACCGCAGCAUGAGAACCAGCUACAUGCUGGACCUGCUGAGGACCCAGGGGAGGAAUGGUGCUGUGGCCUUGCUGGACAGCCUGAUGAUCCACUACCCGACCCUGUACACCCAAGUUACUGGACGCAAACCCAGCACUGAGCCCUCCAGAUUUAGUGGCCUGAUAAAGUACUCAGAGCUGACAGAGUAUCUGGUCAGAGCAGUGACGGGAAUGCAGAAGGAGCUCCAGGAGGCGCGGUGCGAGGCUAGCAGAAUGAGUGCGCGCUGUGCCUCCCUGGAGUCAGAGAUCAGGCAGAUAAUGGAGCAGGAGGAGAAGUCAAGAUGCGUUCAGUCUGAAAACGAACGCAUGCGGAGACACUUGUGUUCUCUGCAGCACGAAGUCACUAAGUUGAAGGAUGAGAAGUGUGACUUGUAUAUGCGCUACACAGCCGCCAUUGAGGACAGAUCUGCUGUGAACAUGCGCCUCCAUGACCUCAACCUGCAGGUGUAUCAGCUGCAGACUGAGCUCCAGAAGGCACAAAUGGAGAACGAGUUCCAGAAGCGUCGCUCGCUCAGGUGUGCCCCGCAUGCUGAGAUGCCACAACUGCAAGAGGAAGUCAGGAGUCUGCGCUGCCAGCUGGUGAAGGUGGAAAAAUUGGACCCGGCUCGUCAGGACAUCCUGGCCCAGGACCUGGCUGAGGCCAUAGACAGCCAGGUGGAGCUUGCAGAGCAGCUCAGGUGUUACAGAGAGGAGAAUGAAAAGCUACUCGCAGAGAAACAAGGGCUAUUGGAUCAGAAGGAGUGCCUAAGCCUCCAGGUGCAGCAGCUGACCUUGGACUGUAACAUGCACCAGCAGAAGAACACCGUGAUCCAGAACCAGAUAAGAGAGCUGCAGGCAGAGAGAGACCAAGCGUACCUGUCCAGAGAUGAGGCCCAGGCCAUGAUCGCCCGCGUCCUGGCUGAGAAGGACACCCUGAGGUGUCAGCUGGUGGAGUUCCAAGAGCAGGUCUUCAGCCUGAAGGCCAAUCGCAGCCCCAGAAAACAACAGCAGAGUUCUGAUGAUGAGAGGGUGGUGGACUGGGCGAGCCCUAGGUCCAGCUCUGAAGAAGACCCACUCCCAACCCGACGUAGACUUCGCCGCAUGGAUGCCGUCAAUCCCAUGUCCCAUCUCAGUUCUUUUAUUUCAGAGUGUGAAGAUGCUGCAGUAAGUAGUGUCCGAUCCCGAAACGCAGAGCCUCCCUGUCCAGACUCUCUCCGCAGAAGGGAGCAAGCUCUACAUGCGGAAAGCAGCUUAGAAGAGACUGAUUCUCUCUUGGAAGACUUUGUGUUUCUCCCCUGUGUGGGGAGUGAAGACAAGCAGACACCCAGGCUUUCCUCGUCUAAUGGCUCCAGCACUGAUGGCCUGUCAAGAACCUCAGCCCCUCCCUUCCUGAUGCGUUCCCGUCCGAAAGCAAUUCGCGUUAAUGGCCGUGUGCUCAGCAUCUCCUUCCAAGGGGAGGCGCUGCUCAGCCAGCUGGCAGUGAUUGGAGGCAAUAAGACCGGAGUGUUUGUGCACCAGGUGACAGAAGGGAGCGCUGCCCAUACUGUCGGCAUCAGCCCUGGGGCACAGAUAGUGGAGGUGAAGUGCGAGCAGAACCAGAAGGCUCUGAGGAUGGUGCUGGAGGAUUCCACUUUAGAGGAAGCUAUGUGGGCUCUUGGCCAGAUCAAGGGCCUCUGUCAUCUCUCCCUUCGACCCAGGCAAGAUGACUACGAGGCGCUGCUGCAGCAGCUGCAGAGCAGUGAGACAUCCUCCGGAGACUCCUUCUACGUACGUGUCAACAUGUCCUUCCCUGCUGGCCCCAACGGAACCCUGGCCAUUUCCUGCAACGACAUCCUUCAUGUGACCAACACACGACCCACUGGCACUGGGGACUCAUGGCAUGCAAGCCAGGUUCACCCCUGUCAGCUACUGGACCUCCAGAGUGGAACCGUUCCCAACUAUUACAGGGCACAGCGGCUUCUGAUCCAAGCAAUCGAAGACAUGAGCUUUCAAACAAAGAAGUGUCAGAAGCUAGUCAGUGUUUGGCGUGUGGGGCCCCAGAACAAGGAGAAGGCUGUGAGGAUUGUAAGCACCGGGCGCCUGGGCAGGAACCCACUGUGGGUCAGUGUGGAGGAUGAAAAGGCCAAGAGCACAGAAUCAGGUGAUACUGCAGCCAAAACUUGUGUAUCCCUCAUGCCCUACACCCUGGUCACUCCCCACUACCCACCCAUCUGCAGGCCUGUCCUGCUGCUGCCCACCGUCCUGGGACGCAUCCUGGACAAGAAGCUGGCAGACUGGCAAGGCUUUCAGCUCUGUCAGCCUGAGGUGCUGAGCUCCUGUGAGCACGCAGCCCGGCUGCAGAAAUCCGAGAUCCUGGAGGAGUGUGAGCAGGGAAGAAACUGCUGCUACACCCUGCAGAGUGUCGAGAAAGUCAUGAAGAAGGGGAUUCACUGUGUGCUGCCACUGGGGCUGGACUGCGUGCGUCGACUGCACCGGUCCGAGAUCUUCCCUAUUAUCAUCUUCAUUGGCCAGUCUGCACGUAGUGCACGUAAACUGAGGUCAAAGCUGCAGCGCCACGGCCAGUCAGAGGAGCAGCUGCUGGCAUGUUCGAGGAACGAGGAGCCGCUGUUGGACAAGCUGCCGUGUCUGUAUCACAGCGUGGCUCCGGACUCCUGGUGUGACCAGACCUCCCUUCUGACCAGCCUGCGCACCAUCAUCUGGGAGGAGCAGAAGAAGAUUGUGUGGGUGGAGCCUGACCUGUGGUGAAGUAGAUGACAGAACAGAAAAGAAUCAAAAGAAAAUGUAAAAAAUAAUUAGGAUUUCUUAAAGGGCUUUUUGUUAAAUAUAUCAGAAUAGUAUAACCAAGCUUUACAAGAACUAUUUUUGUAAACACAAGUAUGUAUCUAUGAUACUUAUGAGUAACUGGGUGAAUAAAGUCUUAUAAUGGAUUAUACUGUGCUUUGAGUGUAUGAAGCUGUAUCACUAUUUACUCUUCCCAGAAACAUUUUGUUGCCUCCCUUUUUGAGGCGGUUGUUUAAAGCAAACACUGGUGUGAGGUGUCCUCUAAAAACACAAACAUGUAUCAUUAACACAUACUGUAAUGACUUGUAUGUACUGUAUCUCUACAAUAUGUUGUAGAUCAUUUCCCACUAUGAGGGAUUUUCUUUUAAUGCUCUGGAGCUGUCAUAACCAACCUCUCAUCUGUAACUUGUAUGUCGGGUUCAUGUUACUGCUCUAUUUUCCUUCUCUUCUUCCUCUUCUUCUUUUUCUUCUUCUUUUUCUUCUUCAUGGUUUCGCCAUUAACUUUAUUGAAACAUUCUUUAUGACUUUACUGUCAGCAUUUCAAAAACUAUGUACAACAUCCAUUUAAAUUUCUUCUUUUUUGUGUUUUUUUUUUUGUCUUACAGUGCACAUUA